AUGUCUAUCACUGUCAUUCUUGGAGCCCAAUGGGGCGACGAAGGCAAGGGCAAGUUGGUUGAUGGACAGUGCCAGGAGGCGCAACUCUGUGCCCGAGCCGCGGGUGGAGCUAACGCUGGGCAUCUCGUGCGAGGCAGCUUUCACCUCCUACCCUCUGGGCUGAUCAACCCAAAAUGGUUUUACCAUAGCAUGAACUUCAUUGGUUCGGGCGUAGUCUUCCACGUCCCAAGUUUCUUUAGCGAGCUCCAGGCGCUCGAGGAAAACCUGACCGCGGUACAUGAUCGGAUCCUUGUUUCUGACAGGGUCAAUGUUCUCUUGGAUCUGCACAUCGCAGUGGAUGGUCUCGAGGAGAGGGAACUUGGAGACGCAGCUAUCGGAACAACAAGACGCGGCAUUGGUCCCUGCUAUCAGACAAGCAGAGCGCGAACUGGCAUCAAAAUGACCGACGUCUUCCACCCUGACAUUUUCGAGCAGAAGGUGAGGCGCUUAGCCGAUGGCUAUCAAAAGCGCUUCGGAGAACUGCUCGAAUACGACAUCGAGGCCGAGCUUGCUCGUUUCGACGAGUACAGGAAGACGCUGAAGAAGUACGUCGUGGACGGCGUGGCCUUCAUGAGAUCCGCACAGCAGAGCAACACGAAAAUUGUGAUCGAAGGCGCAAACGCACUGAUGCUAGAUGUUGAUUAUGGCUCUUACCCAUUCGUCACUUCCUCAAGUACUACGCUUGCUGGUAUUAUUGGUGGACUUACACUGAACCCAAAGAAUAUCACAGAGACGGUUGGAGUGGUCAAGGCUUAUACCACCCGUGUCGGGGCGGGGGCCUUCAAGACCGAAGAUACCGAAGAGAUUGGCACCAAGCUCCAGGAGAUUGGACGCGAAUGGGGAACGUCGACUGGCCGCAGACGCCGAUACCUUGUUGUUGUCAAGUACAGUAACUCGAUCAAUUACUACACCAGCCUGAAUCUCACAAAGCUCGACGUUUUGGAUACUUUCGAAACGAUCAAGAUCGCCAUCGCUUACAAGAUCGACGGAGAGGAACUGGACUCUUACCCUGCGGAUCUUGACAUCCUGAACCGAGCUGAGGUGGUUUACCACGAGAUGCCAGGCUGGCAAAAGCCGACCACCAACGCGAGGACCUACUACGAUCUCCCCAAGGCGGCCCGCGAUUACGUUGAGUACAUCGAGAAGUUUGUCGGAGUCAAGAUCAAGUACAUCGGCACCGGUCCUGACCGUGAGGCCAUGAUCCAGCGCGCCUGA